CCCACCCUCCCUGUAGGGGCCAGGUCCCGGCGCGGCGGCGGCGGCGGUGGCUGCGGGCUGGGCCGCGAUGUCGCUGGGAGCCGGGCUCGUCCGCACCACGUGCAGCACUGGCGGGGCGCCCGGGGCCGGGGUUGGCACGGGGUCGUCGUCCGAGGGGCUGCUGGACCUCGUCUACCCGCGCACCCAGGGGGCGUUUCUGAAAGUGGCGCAGAUGGUCACGCUGCUGAUUGCCUUCAUCUGCGUGCGGAGCUCCCUAUGGACUGACUACAGUGCCUACAGCUACUUUGAAGUGGUCACCAUUUGCGACUUGAUAAUGAUCCUCAUCUUUUACCUGGUGCACCUCUUCCGCUUCUACCGCGUGCUCACCUGUAUCAGUUGGCCCCUGUCGGAACUUCUGCACUAUUUGAUCGGUACCCUGCUCCUUCUCAUCGCCUCCAUCGUGGCAGCUUCCAAAAGUUACAACCAGAGCGGACUGGUGGCUGGAGCGAUCUUCGGCUUCAUAGCCACCUUCCUCUGUUUGGCAAGCGUGUGGCUGUCGUACAAGAUCUCCUGUGUGACCCAGUCGACAGAUGCAGCCGUCUGAUCUGGCCACAGCUCCUGCCCCCUCAGGAGGACCUGCAGGACAGGAGGCCCGCAGCCAGGAGGACCAGAGGCCAUGUGCGGCUCUGGACCACGUUCCCAUGCCAACGUCCAGCUUGUGUUGAUGGGCUCCAGGAAGGCCCGCACUUCCCCCUGCUUUGGCAGCAUGCCUGUUCUGAGCUCCCCAGCGGGGCAGAGCCUCUCCCUAGGCUGACCCGGGUACGGGCCUCCUCUUCUGGGAAAGGAAGGCAGCCUCGCAGCAUUCCGUUUCUCAGUCUGUUCAGAGCACCACCUCAGAUACUGACCACCUCACUGAACAUGCUGGAGGGUCUUCUGCAUCCCCUGCCUAUGUGCUCCUUUCAUAUUGCGAGGGGAGCAGAGCUGCCUUGAGGCCUCUUAGAAGCUAAACCACCGUCUGGGGUUACCUCGGCAGUCUGGUCUGGGAGAGAACCUUUCUUAAAGCGGGCUGUGCCUGCAGGAACAUGCAGCCAACCUGCUGUCUCUGCCUCUGUUACAACUGUGUGUGUGUGUGUGUGUGUGUGUGUGUGUGUGUGUGUGUGUUUAAAUAAAGUAUUGGCCAAUUGCAGAAGGCUUCCUUUUGAAUAAGAAAUACGUAAAACUAGGCUUAAGUCUGUGUGAUCCACAUGGCCUUGACUCUCAUACCACGUGAAUACUCCUUGCUAAAUGGCUAGAUGUGUUGUGCUUUGUUCUGGGGCAUUGGCAAUAGGACUGAGUUUUAGGUGAAUAUGUGCAGUUUUAAGUUUAUAUUUGCAUCCUUCUCCUGCAGCCUGAACUUACUCAUUUUGGAAGGGGCUUUGGAGGAAGCUAACGGUCAUGCUUAUACCGUGACAAGCCAUCUUGUCCUAAAUGUAUGCUGUCCCCGCAGUUGGGUUGCCUGGUGGGCUAGAAAGAGGGGGAAGUGCCACAAACACUUGCUGACCAGCGCUGUAUCUGAGGACAGCAUGUUCACAGCGGUGGGGAGUACACUUCCAGUGCUUCUGGGCGGGCUACAGCACCCCGUUAUCAGAGGUGAGGAAAUCAGACCUCCUCUCCCAAGACACAGCUUGGCUGCUUCUGUGUGCUCAGUCCAGUGUGGCUGAUGAGACUAUGCAGCCCUGGGUGCAGCAGGAUAAAGCGUGGCUGAGGAAGAUGCUGCCAGGGGAUGCAGCGGGCCCAGAAGCUCCAUCUGUCGCGAUGGUGCAGCUGCCUGAGGAGUGAAAAGCCGGUCUCCAUCAUUUGGUCGACCCCUUGGGAGCCAAGGAACGCGAGGGAGUCAGGUGGAGAAGCACCAGGGUCG